CUCAUUUACAGUGGUAUACUGGGGGGAUCAACAGGAAGGACAACUCAUCGCAUACAAUGCGUUCGUUAUGUUAUUAGUCGAUGGGUUGAAUGCAAUUGGCUCUUUGUCAAGCAUUGGAUAUACUUUUACUACAACUUAUUACUCUAUUAAAAACGCUAUUGGCCAGUAUAACAUGUCCAUGUGACCUUGUUAACGUCGGCAUAUGUUUGCCUAAGGCAUUCGAUCACGUGUCGCCUUUAUGCGUUAAACUCAGUCAACCACUUCUCGAUACAUAUAUACCAGACAUUCAAAUGUUAUUCAAGCAUUUGCAUGCACUUUUACUCUUAAUUUACCUCGUUUAUUCACGCAGAGCAGCUUGAAACGAAGCAGGCGGUGUUCUCUUCUUCAACUAGACAUGUUUAGAUAGCAUUGUAAUGAUCUAUAUGCUAUUUAUUCGGAUUCUUAAAAGGUC